ACGAUGCUAAGGGGUACACAAUGCGUCGUUCUACCACUCUCGUGAAAGUGGUGCUGUUAGUCGGAGACAGCUUUGGUCUCUCGAUCACCAGUGUUGUGUGCCAGUGUUCCUUCCAAUCCCAUUUUGAUCGGUUCGCCAUGGCCACACGGAUACCACGCGUCGAUAUUGUAUUCCUGGCGUACUGUAAAGAUGCCGAAAAAGUGCCAUCGGUUACACUGGAUAGCAUUUGUACAGUAAGUUUGUACGAGUUGCAGCGACAUCUUCAAACAAAGCGUAUCGAGCGGAAUAGUAUGGGUGUGGAAGCGUACAAACACUAUAAAUGGUAUAAUUCGGUAUUAGUGGAAGAAUUGCGAACGACCACUAGCAGACAACCGAGGCCAUUGCUGCAGGCUUUCCACUGGUACAUCGAAACAUCCCGCAGAGAUGCAUUCCGGAUCGAGGAUCAACAGUAUGACGCAGUGUCGCUGAUAGUGGCUGCUGAAGUAGAACACUGGUAUUGCGCUCGGCCUGGUCACCGAGCUCAGGGAAGCCGCGCACGGGUAUCGUACGCAGGUCAGUCGAACCUGACGCAUGGGACAACAUUUCGAACACCAACGACAAAGUUUGCCCACACUCGACAACCUCGUUAUCGAUCGCCAGCUCUCGCGAAGAUUGCGGAAUAAUGUGAACACUCAGAAUGAUGGAAAAUACAUUUUUGGUUCGUGAUUUUGUGUUGUAGGCACGUAACCAGCUUAUCCCACGGAAUGGUUAUCCCACGCCGUUCAUUUUAACAUUAAA